AUGGGUAAGCGCGAUAAGAAGAAGUUCAAUAAGGGUGGUAAAGGUGGUGGCGGCGGCGGCCAGCGUCAAAACUGGCAAGACCUGCCAAGGGCCAACGCGAAGCUCGAGAAUUACUACAAUGCGCAAGGAUUUAUUCCCGAGGAGGAGCGUGAGGUCUUCUGGGAAACGCUCAGGAAGGAUCUUCCUAACAGUUUCCGUUUCACGGGUUCAAAAGGCCAUGCGCUUUCUGUCCAGGAACGACUGAAGGACUUCUAUAUCCCCGAAAUCACUGCUGUUCAGUAUGAGGGCAAUAACGUCGAGCCCCCUCGCCCGGUGGAAUGGUACCCUGAAGGCCUGGCGUGGUCGAUGACUACCCCCAAGCAGGUGAUCCGCCGCUUUGCGCCGUUCGCCUCGUUCCAGAAGUUCCUCGUUGCCGAAACCGAUGUGGGAAAUAUUAGCAGACAGGAGGUCGUCAGUAUGAUUCCUCCGCUUCUCAUGGACCUGCGUCCUGGUAUGACGGUUUUGGACAUGUGCGCUGCGCCCGGUAGUAAGUCUGCGCAGCUCAUGGAGCUGGUCCACGUCGGUGAGGAGGAUGCGAUGCUUGAGGUUUCCAAGCAAGUCAAGGAAGGGACCGUGGGACCGGAGCCUGCUGGACCAGAGGGACUUGACGAUGAUGGACGAACAACCGGCUUGCUCAUUGCCAACGACAGCGACCACAAGCGUGCGCACAUGUUGGUUCACCAGAUGAAGCGCCUUAGCUCCCCGAACCUUAUCGUAACGAACCACGACGCCACGAUGUACCCCUCUAUUAGACUUCCGCCUAAGCCUAACGCCGACGGAAAGACCUCCCCGAACCGGUACCUCAAGUUCGACCGCAUCCUUGCAGACGUGCCUUGCACUGGUGAUGGAACGGCAAGGAAGAACUACGGUGUUUGGAAGGAUUGGACCCCUAUGAACGCCGUCGGCCUGCACGCUACCCAAGUUCGGAUUCUUGUACGUGCCCUACAGAUGCUGAAGGUCGGCGGCCGCGUGGUAUACUCUACAUGUAGUAUGAACCCGAUUGAGAAUGAGGCCGUUGUGGCGAGUGCCAUUGAGCGCUGUGGUGGUACUGAGAAGGUCAAAAUCGUUGAUUGCAGCAAUGAGCUCCCGGGCCUGAAGAGAGUUCCUGGGUUGAAGUCAUGGAAGGUGAUGGACCGGGAGAGCCGUUUGUGGAACAACUGGGGAGAGAUCGAGGAGAAGAGGGCAGAAUCAGGCAUUGCUGGUCUUGGCCGAAUCGCAGAGGGCAUGUUCCCGCCACCCAGCGAAAUGCCACUGGACAGAUGUAUGCGCAUCUAUCCUCACCUGCAGAACACUGGUGGUUUCUUCAUUACAGUUCUGGAGAAGCAGUCUGAGAUCCGUGCCAAGCCAGAGGAUUCAUCCAAGGUGAUCCCCAAGGGCACCGUGGCUGCUCUUACCGAGGAACUUGAGGCCAAGCAGAAGAAUGGAACCGGAGAGCCUCUCGAGAAGAUAGACGCUCUCGACGACCUUGUGCCUCACGACAAGGCGGCCGACUUGGAGAAGGAAAAGAAUGCGUCCGUCGCUGAAGCUACCCACCAAAUACCGUACUCUGCUUCCGACCAGUUUUCCUCAGUUAAGCGGAGUGCCGACGGUCUAGAAGAAUCACUUCCCGUGAAGAAGACAAAGCUCGACGACGGCACCGAAGUCGUGAUCGGAGACCGUCCUAUCCACCAACCCCCACCUGCCCAGGAGGUUGAGACCACAGAAACAUCCGAUGCCAUUCCCACUCCUGGACCCUCAGAUACGCCCCAGGUAUCGUCAGCACCGGAAGCUCAACCAAAGCCCCUCCAGAAGCGGAAACCCGGUCAGCCCAUUGAGGAGCCCUUCAGGUACCUGGAUCCAAACCACCCAGAACUCCUCCCGAUCUUCAAGUUCUUCGAGAUUUCAGACCGCUUCCCUCGUGAUCGGUUCAUGGUCCGCAAUGUCGAGGCGAACCCCUCAAGAACGGUCUACUACACUAGCGCUCUCGCUCGGGACAUCUUAGUUGCCAACCAAGGCCACGGUAUCAAGUUCGUCCACUGCGGUGUCAAGAUGUUUGUGAAGCAGGAUGCACAGCGCCUUGAUGUGUGCCGGUGGCGCAUUCAGACAGACGGUCUGCGAAUGGUCGAGCCCUGGCUCGGCCCCUCUAGGGCAGUCACUCUGACCCAGAAGGAGACCUUCCGGAAACUCCUCGUGGAGAUGUUCCCCAAGGUCGACGGCGGUGGCUGGCAAAAUCUCGGCGAGAUUGGUGAGCGCGUGAGGGACAUCCCUAUGGGAUGUAGUAUCAUCUAUAUCAACCCGAAAGGGGAUGACAAAUUCAGUGAGCGAAUGGUUCUCCCGCUUUGGCGAUCUCUGCACUCCAUCAACCUCAUGCUUCCCAAAGAAGACCGCCGUGCGUUGCUUCUUCGGCUCUUCAACGACACCACCCCGGUAAUGAACACGACGCAGAAGCGCACGGAGGCCGAGGCCAAGGGCUCUGACGCUGCCGUAGAAGCCAUCGCAACAGAGGAAGAGGCAAUCAAGGAAGAGAACGCCGCCAUUGGCGAGGAUGAGCAGGAGCAGAUGGACACACGGGAAACAUACACGCAGGCGAAUGAGGAAGAGGAUCGCUUCAAUACUACUGUAUAA